AUGAAAGCCGCCAACGAGGUCUUAAGGCGCAGGGGUAGACUGUUAGAUGAGUAUAUUUUUGGAACUGUUAAGAUGCAAUUUAAUUUAUAUGUAAUAUAUAUAUUAUAUGAGAUUGAUGACGAUUUUGUGAUGCUUAUAAGCUGCUGCGGACACUUGAAUAUAUCUAUCUAUGAGUAUAAAGCAAGCAUACCAACAACAACCAUAAAGAGCUAUGCAAAGUCUAUUGAUAUAAUAUACUUAAGCUUUAAAAAGAAAGUUUGUUUUAAUUUGAUAUGUACAUUUACCUACAUAAACCCAUCAAUAUUUCUGUUUCCGGUAUACCUUAUUUACAGCCAUGAAGAUUGUUUUAUGUUAUACAUGUCUGAUGACAUUAUCAAAUUACGAUUAUCCAAAGAUCAAUUGCCAGACAAAAGUCAAUUAAAACAAGCAGGUGUUAAAAAACUCAAGGCGUGGUUAACCUUGUGGUCUGCGAAUCAUUGA